AUGAUUAACCUAUGCAGAGAUGUCCAGGAAUGCACCCUCCCAAGCUGGAAGGUGGAGCCAAAGUACUCGACCAAAGUGCUGAUUGGAAACUGGGGGGAGGAGAGGAGGAAGUUUGUCCGCGAUAAUGAGGGGACCGGUCAAAGCACCUUCAAACAAGAUUUUGUUCCUUUCCCCACUGGGACCCCGGACCGAACCGUGAUGCGGAGGCUUAUGAAGCGGCUGGAAGGCCUGCCAAGGAAGUAUAUCUUGACCCACUGUGAAGAGGCCAGGCAUCAGCACCUGGUCUCCCAGUAUGACGACCAAUACAACAGACACGGCCACAACCCCCAGCUGCCUCCACUCCGCAAAUGGCACAGGCACAAACUGGCAUGGACGCCAGAGAAAUCAGACUAUCCCCUCGUUGAGCCCCCAACCAACUAUGGGCUUGUGGAGCACCUGAUGAAAGCCUGGCAUCGCAAAGAGACGGAAGUGGCCCAGACCGUCUACCACAGCUCCUACCCCAAGCCUCCCGCCUCGGCCUACGCCCCUCGCCAGCGGCCGGACACCAGGCGCAUCCUGGAGCAGAGCCGCCAGCAGUGGCUGCCCAGAAGCCUGGAUGCUCCUGCCUGA